UCUUUUCUUCUAAAUACCAUCUGACAGUACAACAUGCAUUAGCCAUUCUUCUUAUUCUUUUCUCAAACCAAUAAUCUCUCUCUCACGCACUCUCGCUUUUCCUCUGCCAUGGCUUCCAUGGCCUGCUUAUGGAUUCUCCUCCUGAUUCCGUCCUUCGCAACAGCAGCAAAACAGACCUACAUUGUCCACAUGAACUCCAAUUCCAUGCCCUCCUCCUUCGCUACCCAACACGACUGGUACAAAGCCUCCCUCCAGUCUAUUUCUUCUUCCUCUGGCCCUGACUCUGACUCCCUCAUCUACACCUACACCACCGCUUUCCAUGGCUUUGCCGCCUCCCUCGAUCUAGACCAGGCUGAGUUGCUUCGUCAAGACGAGUCCGUGAUUGGCAUCUACGAAGACACUAUCUACUCACUACACACUACGCGUACCCCUGAAUUCCUUGGCCUCAAUGCCGAUUUCGGACAGGGGUAUGGGCAUAACAGUCAGGAUCUCGAUAAAGCAUCUUAUGAUGUUAUAAUUGGAGUGCUUGAUACCGGUGUUUGGCCCGAGUCCAAGAGCUUUGAGGACUCAGGCAUGCCUCCAAUCCCAACUCGGUGGCUCGGAGAGUGUGAAACAGGAUCUGAUUUUACUUCCUCUGCUUGCAAUAAGAAACUCAUUGGGGCUCGAAGCUUCUCCAAGGGGUUCCACAUGGCGUACGGUGGGAGGUCAACCGAGCCCAAAGAGACUGCCUCGCCUCGGGACCAGGACGGACACGGAACUCACACCGCCAGUACUGCUGCCGGUUCACCAGUCGCAAACGCGAGCCUGCUUGGAUAUGCUAACGGUAUUGCGCGUGGUAUGGCCAGUCACGCUCGCUUGGCCGCUUACAAGGUUUGCUGGAGCACUGGUUGCUUUGGGAGCGACAUUCUCGCUGGUAUGGAUCGGGCAAUUUUGGAUGGUGUUGAUGUGCUUUCCCUGUCUCUUGGAGGCGGGUCGGGUCCUUAUUAUCGCGACACGAUUGCAGUCGGAGCGUUCACGGCUAUGGAGAAGGGCAUUUUCGUCUCAUGCUCUGCUGGCAACAGUGGGCCUAACAGGGCCUCACUCGCCAAUGUUGCUCCAUGGAUCACAACUGUCGGAGCCGGAACUCUGGACCGAGAUUUUCCGGCUUAUGCUCUUCUCGGAAACAAAAACCGUUUAGCGGGGGUGUCGUUGUAUAGUGGUAAAGGAAUGGGGAACAGAGCGUUGGGGUUGGUUUACAGUAAGGGAAGCAGCAGUACAAGCAAUUUGUGCUUACCCGGUUCACUUGACCAGAAUCAGGUUCGUGGAAAAGUUGUGGUGUGCGACAGGGGAGUCAAUGCACGCGUUGAAAAGGGUUCUGUGGUACGUGAAGCAGGUGGAGUGGGGAUGAUUUUAGCGAACACUGCCGCUAGCGGUGAGGAAUUGGUGGCGGACAGUCACUUAGUACCGGCGGUGGCGGUUGGAAAGAAGGCCGGUGACAUAAUCAGAGGCUAUGUGAAAACAGACCCACAUCCGACUGCGUUGCUUUCAUUCGGUGGGACGGUUUUGAACGUUAGGCCGUCACCGGUGGUUGCGGCUUUCAGUUCUCGAGGUCCGAACAUGGUGAAUCCGCAGAUCUUGAAGCCGGAUCUGAUUGGGCCUGGAGUAAACAUCUUGGCUGGAUGGUCAGAGGCUAAAGGGCCCAGUGGGCUUGAUUCGGAUACUAGAAGAACUCUUUUCAAUAUCGUGUCAGGUACAUCAAUGUCAUGCCCGCACAUAAGUGGUUUAGCAGCGUUGCUCAAAGCCGCCCAUCCGGACUGGAGCCCAAGUGCAAUCAAAUCCGCACUCAUGACCACUGCCUACACCGUGGACAACACCAAAUCCCCACUCCGGGACGCUGCAGGCGGUGGUCUUUCCAAUCCAUGGGCGCAUGGAUCUGGCCAUGUUGAUCCACAGAAAGCUCUAUCUCCUGGCCUAGUAUACGACAUCUCCACAGAGGACUACAUUACAUUCUUGUGUUCCUUGGACUACACCGCUGAACAUGUUCAAAUCAUCGUCAAGCGCCCCAACAUAACCUGUUCGAAGAAAUUCAAGGACCCCGGACAACUCAACUAUCCAUCAUUCUCUGUUGUGUUUGAUAGGAAGAGAAUUGUGCGAUACACUCGCGUACUAACCAAUGUGGGUGCUGCUGGCGCUGUAUAUCAACUGGCCAUCACAAAGCCAUCGACAGUAGAUGUGCAAGUGAAGCCAACCACACUUGUUUUUAAGAGUGUAGGGCAGAAGCAGAGGUACACUGUGACUUUUGUAGCAAAGGCCAAUGCUACUUCAAGGCCUGAAUUUGGGUCAAUUGUUUGGAGCAAUGCCCUAAAUAGAGUUAGUAGCCCAGUUGCAUUUACAUGGUCAAGAGUUGUGUAGAGAGUGUGAGGUUGUUUUGGUCAAGAAAUGGGCCUUCCAAUGAUUGGACCUUUGCACCAAUUUGGUCAUAGAAAUUAAUGGCCGUAGGAGCCCACAAUUGAAGGAAGAAAGUGGGGGUGUGCUUUUUUUUUCUAUGAGAUUAUAGCUGUAGGAAGAACUAAGAAUUUAUAAUGUCAUUUUGCUUGCAAGCAAUUUCUGGAUAAUAUUAUCUCACUUCAAACAACUAUCAUUCAACAUUUUA